AGGAGAGAAGGGGGAGGGGGGCGCUCGUUGGUCGGCGGAUGCCUUUGCAGCAGAGGACCGUGGAGGAGAGUAGCUGUAUCUCUGUGUUUGUGUUACUUUGAUGCGGCUGUGAUGCUGCCUCCGUGCGUCAUCAUGUCACAGGUGACAGUGUCCGGUCCCGUGGGUCUUGUGGAUGGAGACAGUGGUGGAGUCUGUGCGUGAAAACACCGCAGUGGAAGGUGUCCGGCCGGAGCAUUUAGACUGUCAGAGUUGUCUGCAGACUGCUGUCAGCUGGUCUGGGAUCAGCUGUCGGUGAGUGGAACCUGGAGGUUCUGCUGACAACCAUCUGCCAGAACCACAGUGAGGAUGGAGGCGGAGGAGUUUGUGUCCUGUGUGGAUCACUUCAUGUUGAGUCCACUGGUCACAUGGGUGAGGACAUUUGUUCCUAAUGAUGGAGGCACGAAUUUGGAAUUCUCCGAACUGUUGGAUGGACUCUUUCUGAAUGACGUCAUGACCCAGAUAAACCCCUCAGCUGAUCCCCAAGGGGUUCAAAUGAGAAGGGACCCAAGUCAGAGAAUCCAGAACCUGAACUUUCUUGUGCAGCAAAUAAAGACAUUCUAUCUGGAUAAUCUGAGACAGUUAAUCGUGGCUCCGUUACCAAAUGUGACGGAGCUUGUCAAGACUCCUUGCUGUGAGGAAAGUCUUGAAGAAAUGAAGAAGAUUCUGCUGUUGCUGUUGGGAUGUGCAGUCCAGUGUGAGAAGAAGGAACUGUACAUCGAACGGAUUCAGACGCUGGAUUUUGACACUAAAGCGGCGGUCGCUUCACACAUUCAGGAGCUGACCCACAGUCAGGAGAAUGUGCUGGACCUGCAGUGGUUGGAGUCCAACAUGUUGAAUCCAGAGGAGGUGGAGAUGGUGGUCAGUACUGUGUCCACACACCUGCAACACCUGCUGGAGCAGAGAGAUGCCCACCUGGAGACUAUAGCACAGUUAAUGCAAGAAAAGGACGGCGUGCUGAGUUUCCUCAGCAGCCCCACCAGCCCACAGCCUGAAGGCUUCACCGCCAGCAUUCAGCAGCAGCAGCAGGUGGGGUCUCAGCAGCAUCUGUCUGUGGAGCUGGCCGACUCCAAGGCCAAGAUCAGGCGACUGAGACAGGAACUGGAGGAGAAGAGUGAACAGAUGUUGGACUGCAGACACGAGCUGGAGAACAUGGAGGCUGAUCUGAAGAGGAUGCAGCAGGAGAACUGCCAGCUGCUCGUGGAUGCGCGUGCAGCCCGAACCUACAGGGAUGAACUGGACACCCUAAGGGAGAGAGCCAUGAGAGCAGACAAACUGGAGAGUGAGGUGGGACGCUACAGGGAGCAGCUGCACAAGAUGGAGUUCUUCAAGGCCAAAGUGGAGGAGCUAAAGGAGGAUAACAAGGUACUGGAGGAGACCAAGGAGGUGCUGGAGGAUCAGCUGUCAGGCUGGAGAGCACGCUCGGACAAGAUCCACCAGCUGGAGAAGCAGAACCUGGUUCUUAAAACACAGAUCCAUGACAUGGAACAGGAGAAGGAGGCCGAUCGGAGACGAAUUGAGGAGCUACAGGAGGAGAACCUGACCCUGUGUCUGGCUCAGCAGAGGAGUAUGGAGGAGUCUCAACACCUGGGCUGGGAGUUAGAGCAGCUCUCCAGGACCACCGAGAAGCCCCAAGGCCCAGACACUCUGAGUGUGGAAGUCAGCGACACAACACGCAGCCAGUUGCUGAAGCUGGAGAUGGAGAACCAAACUCUCCACAGGACCAUUGAAGAACUCAGAGCAGCUUCUAUCAGCACCAGUCUCCAGUCCAGCCCAAAUCCACCUGGUGGUGGUGACUGUAAUGGCCAGAAGGUUCAUGAGAGCAAGGACUGUAGCUUGAAUGAUGAGAACUCAAGGCUACGAAAGUCCUCCUCUAAUAUGGAAAACGGCACGACCAAACCAUCAGAUAGUACAGCGUCAGAGCAAGUUCUGAAUGGAGAACCAAACUCCCAUCAAGCACCAAACACAGGGCAGCUCCAUGAGGUCCAGAGCCACAUCUGCGUCACAGACAGUCCUCUUCAUCCACGAUUUGAAGGGGACCAUUUCAAAGACCUAAUGUCCGAACUGGAAAACAUGAACAACAGGCUUCACUGUUUUGUGGGGUCUCGUGAUCACUCCCCUGUCUCUAAGAGCAACAGUCCCUGCCAUGAAAGCAUUUUCCUCCAGCAAAUGGUAUCUUUAAAGUCCUCCUACGUCAGCAAGCAAACCCAACGCCUGGAGGCCAGGUGCAAGGCCCUGGACACGGUGAAUCAGCAACUUCAGCUGUCUGUGGAUACCUCCGACCGUAAAGUCCAGCGACUGGAAGCAGAGGUGCAGGAGCUGGAGGCCGAGAACCAAAGCCUGCAGGCCAACUUAGAGGAACUGCGUAUUUCUGCCAGACGCCUCGAGCAACUGGAGACAGAAAAACAGGGCAUGGAUCAGGAGGUGACAGCUCUGGAGAAGGACAAGAGGCAGCUGGAGAAGGAGAAUCGACGACUGCGCCAGCAGGUGAUCUGUCCUGUAGUGGUUCAUGUUUUUACUGGAGGGUAGGAUUAUUGUACGAUCACAUGUGAAUUGUUGCCUCCUCCUUUGACUCAGGCUGAGAUCCAAGAAGCCAGCUUGGACAGCAGUAAUGUCUGCAUGGCCAGCCUGGAGAGGGAGCUGCGACUGCUGGUGAAGGAGGUGGAUGUUUUGAGGGAGACAGCUGAGAGGGUGAAAGGUCUGGAGAAGGACAACAGGGAUCUGAGACAGCGGGCUGCAAUGGACCACAGGACACUGGCCACUCUGAGAGAGGAGCUGGUAUGUGAGAAACUGAAGAACCACCAAAGAGACACUGAACUGGAGAGGGUGAGCCAUGAGCUGGAGAUGAAGGACCUGACAAAGGAGAGCACAGGGAAGAGGGAAGAUGAUGCAGUGGACGUCAGGUUCAAGAUUCUGGAGUCAGAGUUGGAGUCGUCUUUGAAGAAGUCGUUGCAGAUUAAAGAUGACAAAAUCGUUGCACUCCAAGCUCGCCUGCUCGACUGUUCCACCUUCAACCAGCAGCUACACCAAGAGCUGAAGACUGUGAAACUAGGCUUUGAGGCUUUGCAGCAGAAGCAGGGGGAGGAGGGACAGACACAGUCAACCUCCAGCUCCACAACACAGGCCGGGGUGGCAGUGAGCGAAUGGCUGCGUGAAAGUCAGGAGGCAACAAAAGAACUGCUGAAGCUCAAAGAUCGUCUCAUCGAAGUGGAGAGGAAUAAUGCGACACUGGAGGCCGAGGGCCUGGCCACGCAGUCGCAGCUGCAGCAGCUGGAGAGUCAGUGUGAGAGCCAACAGGCUCAACUCCUGGCUCUGCAGAGACAGGCCGCCUCACUGCAGGAGAACAACACAGUGCUGCAGACGCACAACGCCAACCUGCAGGUGGAAAAAUCUACCCUGAACUCCCAGAGUGCCUCCCUCAUGGCCCAGAAUGCUCAGCUACAGCAGCAGCAGUCGGGAACGGAGACUGAGAGAGACAGCGCCGUACGGGAACGUGAAGAUCUGCGCGCGGUCCACGAGCAGCUGCUGCGAGACCACGAGCGGCUGAACGCCCUGCACGAGCACCAGGCCAUGGACUACGAGAUCCUGAUGGGUAAACACGGCUGUCUGAAAAAAGCUCACCGCACACUGGAGCUGGAGCAGCGCACCCUGCAGGACAGAUACAACAACCUGCUGCAGCAACGAACCAGGCUGGAGGAUCUGGAGAAAACCCUGAGGGAUGAGCAGAUGAGGAUGACUCUGGAAAAAGAAGAGCACAAGAAGAUCUCUGCUGAACGAAUCGCACUCCGUGAUGAGAGGGACAGGCUGAAAGAGAAUAACCAACAGCUGCUCAGUGACCACCAGCUGUUGGCAGUUGAUCACAAGCAGCUGAAGAGUCAGCUGAACGAGGCCCAGCUAAAGCACACCUGGCUGGGGGUCGACUUCUCCAAGCUCAAGAAGGACUUCCAGCAGCUGGACAUCACUUCCGCCAAGAUCAGCAACCAGUGCGAGCUGCUGAGUCAGCUGAAGGGAAACCUGGAGGAGGAGAAUCGCCACCUGCUGAGUCAAAUUGAGACGCUGAAGCUCCAGAACAUGGAAAGCAAGGAUCUGUUUCAUGUGGAGGAGCGACAGUACAUUGACAAGCUCAAUGAUUUGCGGAGGCAGAAAGAGAAACUGGAGGAAAAGAUAAUGGACCAGUACAAGUUCUACGAGCCCUCACCCACACGUAGACGUGGCAGCUGGAUAACCCUGAAACUGAAGAAACUGAUGAAGUCCAGCAGCAGGGAGCAGGUAGAGGAGUGUCACCCCUCACCCACACACUCCGCCACCCCCGAUCCAAAUGAAACCUUCAUCAGCUCAGAUGGUUCUGGAGGAGUUGCCUCCCCCACAGUGGGAGAUAGCAUUUCACCUCCUCCUCGUCGUAACUCCACUCUGAAACUUUUUCCCCGUAUGAGGAACAGGCUGAAGGACAGAGACAAAGUCAAGUCCAUCUUCCAUCGAUCCCUGUCCCUGAGCAGCCUGGCGACUCCUGCAGCCUGGUGGGCAGGGAGCUCACAGCAGCUGGACGUCCCCGACUCGGACACGGGGGGACACAGGGAGGACACAUUGACCCCAUCCCUCACCACCUCCAUCUUGUCCAUCCUCCACCUUCAUGCGUGUGCCACUGACACCACUGACUCUGUUCCAGGUGUUUGUAGGCUGUGGGUGACAGAUAAAGAUUCUAACGACGGUUCUGGGCUGCAUGUGUGUGAGGACAACAAUGAGCUGCAGAAUAACGCACUGGGUGGAGCCCACAGUGAGAGCAGCGGUGAAUUCAGCCCAAGUCUGGAGAAUGAGCCUUGGUCCAACGGCAGCAGUCCAAUACAGCAGACCCCAUCACGUCGUUCAUCCUCCUCCUCCUACCAGCAACCCUGUAGCACCUCUACUCCUCGACACAAGGAGAAAGCUCCAAACAAGCCCAACUUUAACGACAGUCACACUUUAGAGCUCCAGCCUGAACCCAAACAGAAACAUCUGGCAAUCGCACAGGACUUCUGGCUCACCAGGGGGACCAGAAGCAUCCGGAAGGGAUCUGGGGGGAAAAUGACCCGUCGCUCAUCAGACUCAGCUGGAACGGUCAAAAUAAACACAGGGAUGGGUGAGAUAGGGUCCAAGUCAGGUACAAGCACAGAUGACACCACCAGAGCUUUAGCCUGUUCACCAAUCACAGUGUUAUAUGUUCAGGGUAAAUCUUCUUCAAUGUCCGGCUGCCUCAACUGCUUCUCCUCCCCGCUGGGGAAACAAAGCAGAGUCAGAGGAGCGAGGCCGCAGAAAAGUCUCCCUCGUGCCAGCAACGUCAUAUCGACAGCAGAGGGUUCGUCCCGACGCUGUAGCGUCAACAGUGACUGCAAAGAAGGCGUCAACAAUGACUCUCCUCAGGCUCAUGUUUCAAAAGGAAAUAAUAGACAGGAUGAACCAGGGGCUGAGAAUCCACAACCAGAACCUGAAAAUGCUGAACCUGAACUCCUUCCUCCUCUGAAACCACCCAGAGAUCCAUCUUCUAUUGUUCCCACACACUGCCCCAAAUCUCUGGUGCAGGAGUCUCUGUUUGGCACCUCCUUCACUUUCAACUCCGUCUUCAACAACACCAUCUUCAGUGACUCCACUGUCACAACUACAGCCAGUCUGAAUGAACAUGGAGACCAUCAGGUGAUCUUCUGUCUGGAUCCAGCACUGGUGGUGGCGGACUCUCAACAUGAAGCUGGUAACAAACCACAGACAACACUGUGUGUAGAUAAUGAGCAGAGUCCAAAAGCUGAAGGUGCCAGUGGGAUGGAGGAAAAGGACCCGACCAUCAUGAAUGCAUGAGGGAAGUCUUUACAUUACGACUGUCAUUUCAACACAGCAGUAAAAUACGGGGUCAUUUCAGUUAUUUUAAUAACGCAAAUGUUUAACUGUGAUGUCCACUGAAUACAAAUCAUGGAGAUGGUGAAAGGACUGGACGGACCUUUGAUGCUGUAACAGUGAGAAAUCGGAGAUUUUUCAUUUCUUUAAAAUUAGAAAUAAUCAAAAAAUAAUUCUAAUGCUCUAGAUCUGAGACCGCCAAUCGUUUCCCCAAAUAAAUGUUUGAGUUUUUUUCCACCACAGAUCAUUCCCUCCUGUCCUGGCAUCUCCAUAUUUGACAUCCUUUCUCCAAAUGUUGUGCAACUUCUGAAUUUUAUCUCCAAACCUGGGUUAGAUAUGUAUUUGUUUAUCUUUUAUUUACUACAAAGACCCCUGUGUCAUUUAUAGCUGAGUUUUUAUUUUCCUUAUUUGGUGGUGGGGAAAUGGGGGAGGAGGGGAUUAUAUGUUUGUUUUUGUUAGCCAAACUAAAUAUUUUAUUUAUUAUACGUUCCUUUAUGUUUGCUUUGUGUUAAAAUGUACUUGAAAUGGAAAACUAUUGCAAUAAAUACAUUUUGUCCCAAAUGUCAGUGUAUGAUUCGCCAACAUCUACUGUAGUAUUAUUAUUAGAAAA